GCCCACCCUGCAUGGAGGGGGCGUUAUAUGCCCCCCGUCCUGGGGGUGCGGCGCAGUCGCCGACCAUGAGCGGCCGGAAAGUCUGUGUCGUGGGCUCCGGGAACUGGGGCUCAGCCAUCGCCAAGAUCGUGGGCAGCAAUGCCGCCAAGCUGGAGCAGUUUGAGACCACAGUGAACAUGUGGGUAUUUGAGGAGGAGGUGGGUGGGAAGAAGCUCACGGAAAUCAUCAACACGCAACAUGAGAACGUCAAAUACCUGCCAGGGCACAAGCUGCCACCCAAUGUGGUGGCGGUGCCAGACCUGCUGAAGGCCUCAACUGGGGCAGACAUCCUCAUCUUUGUGGUGCCCCACCAGUUCAUCGGCAAACUCUGUGAGCAGCUCAAAGACCAUGUGAAGAAGGAGACCAUCGGGGUAUCGCUCAUCAAGGGGGUGGAUGAGGGCCCAGAGGGGCUGAAGCUGAUCUCACACGUUAUCCAUGAAUGGCUGGGCAUCGAGAUGAGCGUCCUGAUGGGGGCCAAUAUUGCCAACGAAGUGGCAGAGGAGAAGUUCUGCGAAACGACCAUUGGCUGCAAGAACCUGGAGCAUGGGCAAAUCUUGAAGGAGCUGAUGCAGACGCGCAACUUCCGGAUCACCGUGGUACCAGAGGCUGACACUGUGGAGAUCUGCGGGGCCCUCAAGAACGUUGUAGCUGUAGGGGCUGGUUUCUGUGAUGGCCUGAGCUUUGGGGACAACACCAAGGCAGCUGUGAUUCGCCUCGGGCUGAUGGAGAUGAUCACCUUUGCCAAGCUCUUCUGCAAAGGCCCUGUCACCUCGUCCACCUUCCUGGAGAGCUGUGGGAUCGCCGACCUUAUCACCACCUGCUAUGGUGGCAGGAACCGCAGGGUGGCCGAGGCUUUUGCCAGGACUGGGAAGUCCAUUGAGCAGUUGGAGAAGGAGAUGCUGAAUGGACAGAAGCUGCAGGGUCCCCAGACGGCUGCCGAGCUGAACCACAUCCUCAAACAGAAGAACCUGGCAGAGAAGUUCCCCCUCUUCACUGCUGUGUAUCAGAUUUGCUACGAGGACAAACCCGUCGCUGAAUUCAUCAAGUGCCUCCAGAACCAUCCUGCCCACAUGUAACUAGGCCCUGUCCACUGAACCGCUGGGACGAGGAGAGCCACUGGUGCAGCAUGAGCUUUCAUGUACAGAGACACUGGAUCCUCCAUGAGCCAUGGCAGACCAUGGGUAAGGUAGGGGGAGGGGCUCUUCCAUGGCCCUGGGACUGGCUAGCCCUCUGCCUGUCGAUGCUUUCUUGAUUCUAUAUGGAAGCACCAAAUUAAACUCCCUCCUUUUCUGGGGCAUCUAAAAUUUGCUGGUCCCCAGGAUAUCCUCCUUGGGGAGGACAUGGCCUCA